AUGAAGGUUGAAGUAGAAGUAGUCUCCAAGGAGAUCAUCACCCCAUCUUCUCCAACCCCUGCACAUCUUCGCCAUUACCAGCUCUCCUCCCUUGAUCAAUUAUCUCCCCUGGUUUAUAACCCUUUGGUCCUCUUCUAUGAGUUCAAUGACAAGACAGGCAUUCCCUACCUUGAAGCUCAUGUCAAUUGCAAACUCUCUGACUUCCUCAAGAAUCCGAUCCCUGAUCAACUUAGCAAAUUCCUGCCGUUUGAGCUUGAUGAUCAUAUUGGUAAGGAGUUGGCACUAGGAGUCCAGCUCAGCAUCUAUGAAUGUGGAGGCAAAAUUUGGGCCGCCAAAGCCCGUGGCGAAUCCAACAUAGAGCAUCCAGACUUUCUGUCAGGAACACGUUUUCUGCUGAAGGAUGUGAUGGCAUAUGAUUCAAGCUUCAAUUCCACCAGGAAUAAAGUUACAAAGAGGUUUUUAUUCAAUGCCUCUAUGAUAGAGGCUCUCAAAGCAGAGUAUGUGGAAAGUGCUGUAGGCUUGGAAGAAAACCAGAAACCCCCUUCACGUGUUGAUGCUUUAACAUCCUUCAUAUGGAGUUGA